ACCGCAGGCGGCCCUGCGCAGGCGCAGCGUCGCCGCCGCAGCUGCGCACGGAGCUCGGGCGGUCGGGGCCGGUUCGGGAGCGCCGCCGGGAUGGACGAGGACGUGCUGACCACCCUGAAGAUCCUCAUCAUCGGCGAGAGCGGCGUCGGCAAGUCCAGCCUUCUGCUGCGGUUCACAGAUGAUACAUUUGACCCAGAACUUGCAGCAACAAUUGGUGUGGACUUUAAGGUGAAAACUAUUUCAGUUGAUGGAAACAAAGCUAAACUGGCAAUAUGGGAUACUGCAGGUCAGGAGCGGUUCAGAACAUUAACCCCCAGUUACUACAGAGGUGCACAAGGUGUUAUCCUAGUUUAUGAUGUCACAAGAAGAGAUACUUUUGUCAAGCUGGAUAACUGGUUAAAUGAAUUGGAAACAUACUGCACAAGGAAUGACAUAGUGCAAAUGUUAGUUGGAAACAAGAUUGAUAAGGAAAACCGUGAAGUUGACAGGAAUGAAGGCCUCAAAUUUGCAAGAAAACAUUCUAUGUUGUUCAUAGAGGCAAGUGCAAAAACGUGUGAUGGUGUGCAGUGUGCCUUUGAAGAACUUGUUGAGAAAAUCAUUCAGACUCCUGGACUGUGGGAGAGUGAAAGCCAAAACAGAGGUGUAAAGUUAUCAAACAAGGAAGAAGGAUAUGGAGGAGGAGGAGCAUGUGGUGGAUAUUGUUCUAUGUUAUAAACUUUGGGAAGCUUAUUCUUUGCAUAUUUAAACAGAUAGUUACAUCUUUCUGUACAUAAAGUCAUUAAAUGCUAUUUUUAGGGACCUUGCAGUUUGCACAUAUUUGUUUUGUAUCAUGGCAGUGAACACUUGUAGAAAAAAUGUUCUGCAGCUUUCCCAGUCUGAAAAUGUUAUGGUAAGCAUGCCGAAUUUGCAAUCUUCAGGUUUUUAUAAGUAGCAUUAAUAAUGUGCAAGAACAAAUGCACUAAAAAUUUUACAACUGUAUACAUUAAUUGUGUAACUAUUCUAAACAAAUCCAUCUAACAAAUACUGCAUUGUCUGCUCUUUGUUGUAUUUUUAAAUUCUGUUGAAAUUAGAGAACUAUAUAGUGUGCACAGAUCUUGGAAACACUGAGCUAUAAAUGUAAUAUUUCAUCUCUUCUAGUAAAUGCUUUUUUUAAGGUAUUAAAAACAGCAGGAUUAUACUGUUCUUAGACAAAUCUGCUAAAAUUUUGUCUUUCAGCAGUGCAGUCUAAAACACAAAUUGGCACAGGCCCUAGUUGGCAUCAGCACUUUCUUGAAGAGAUGCUUUGAAAGCUUCCUUUGCAAAACUGGGAGAUGCCAUGUUUUCCUUUUAAUCAUCACUUCAGUUGAUGACUUAACUGGAGUUUUAAUCCUGUGAUAUUUAUAUACUAAAUUUGUGGUACUCUUGCACUCUAGGUUUUUAUGAUGGUCUGCUCUAGACUUGCUGCAGAAAGUCUUCAUUAUUGGCAAGGGGUCUCAGUCAUGUCAUUGUUCUUUCAUUGUGAAUAAUUUUGCCACACUUCAGUAUGGAUUCCUAAUUUUCUGAAAUGUUUGUAAUAUAAGUUUAUCUCAACUGUAGCUCACUGUGACUGUGAGAUCUCUUAUCACGUCUGCUUUGUGCAGCUACUUAUUCAGAAAUAAAACUUCUGUCACAGACACUAAAUGGGAAGCUAUAAGGCUUCUUGAUCUCUGUAUGAAAAAAUACUAUUGCAAUGAGUAUUCACUUGAAUUUACUGUAUCAAAGCCAAUGGUUUGUUUCAGAAGACUUGUAUAGACUUAAAUAAAUUUUUUUCCACAGUA